AUGGAGAAGACACGACAUCUCAGUCAGAAACAGAACUUGGUAAAUACAAAGACAAUUCCACAACUUCUCUGUGGAAAGUUUUCUGCAUUUACCAAGAAGCCGAAGACAACAGAGGUGACAGCCGGAAGUACAGCUGUGUUUGAAGCAGAGACAGAAAAAGCCGGCAUCAAGGUGAAGUGGCAGCGAGCUGGCACAGAAAUUACUGAAAGUGAGAAAUAUGUCAUCAAGGCAGAAGGAAACAAGCAUUCGCUGACAAUCAAUAAUGUAGUAAAAGAAGAUGAUGUGACAUAUGCUGUAAUAGCUGGAAGUUCCAAGGUCAAAUUUGAACUCAAGGUCAAAGAACCAGAAAAGAGUGAGACGGUCACUCCUGCAGAAGCUGCUCCUGCCCCAGCUGCCUCAGAGCUGCCUGCUCCGCCAGUAGAAAGCAGCCAAAACACAGAAGUUCCAUCUGCUGCGACUCAACCAGAAGAGCCUGUGGACCCUAUUGGGCUCUUUGUGACACGACCUCAGGAUGGAGAAGUUACUGUUGGUGGAAAUAUCACGUUCACUGCCAAAGUUGCAGGUGAGAGCCUGCUGAAGAAACCGUCAGUGAAAUGGUUCAAAGGAAAGUGGAUGGACCUAGCAAGCAAAGUGGGGAAGCAUCUACAGCUGCAUGACAGUUAUGAUCGAAACAACAAGGUGUACACCUUUGAAAUGGAAAUCAUAGAAGCAAAUAUGACUUUUGCAGGAGGGUACAGAUGUGAGGUGUCUACAAAGGACAAGUUUGAUAGUUCUAAUUUCAACCUGACUGUCAAUGAAGCGCCACUAAGUGGAGACUUGGAUAUUCGUGCUGCCUUCCGACGCACGAGCCUGGCAGGAGGGGGGAGACGGAUGACUUCAGCCUUUCUCAGUACUGAGGGACAUGACGAAGCUGGAGAGUUGAAUUUUAGUGCCCUACUGAAAAAGAGAGACAGCUUCUUGCGCUCUGUAAAUCGAGGUGAUGGAAAAACUGAAUCACAACCUGAGGUAGAUGUCUGGGAAAUUCUGAGGAAAGCUCCUCCUUCUGAAUAUGAGAAAAUCGCUUUUCAGUAUGGCAUCACAGAUUUGCGUGGGAUGCUGAAACGCCUCAAACGCAUAAAGAAGGAAGAGAAAAAAAGUACAGCAUUCCUCAAGAAAUUGGAUCCAGCUUACCAAGUGGACAAAGGACAAAAGAUUAAAUUAGUGGUUGAAGUUGCCAAUCCAGAUGCUGACGUGAAAUGGCUGAAGAAUGGACAGGAGAUCCAAGUGAGCGGCAGCAAAUAUAUUUUUGAAGCUGUUGGGAAUAAGAGAAUUCUGACCAUAAACCACUGCUCUCUGGCUGACGAUGCAGCAUAUGAAUGUGUGGUAGGUGAGGAGAAGAGCUUCACAGAAUUAUUCGUAAAAGAGCCUCCAAUCCUGAUCACUCACCCACUGGAGGACCAGAUGGUGAUGGUUGGAGAGAGAGUGGAGUUUGAGUGUGAAGUGUCUGAGGAAGGAGCUACUGUAAAAUGGGAGAAGGAUGGAGUUGAGCUGACACGGGAAGAAACAUUCAAAUACCGAUUUAAGAAAGAUGGAAAAAAGCAGUAUCUAAUUAUUAAUGAGUCAACCAAGGAGGACAGUGGACACUAUACCGUGAAAACCAACGGUGGGGUAUCAGUCGCUGAACUAAUUGUACAAGAGAAAAAGCUGGAAGUUUAUCAGAGCAUUGCGGACCUGACAGUGAAGGCACGUGACCAGGCUGUCUUCAAGUGUGAAGUUUCUGAUGAAAAUGUGAAAGGAAUCUGGUUGAAAAAUGGCAAGGAGGUGGUACCAGAUGAAAGGAUAAAGAUCUCCCACAUUGGCAGAAUCCAUAAGCUAACUAUUGAGGACGUUACGCCAGGUGACGAGGCUGACUAUUCGUUCAUCCCUCAGGGAUUUGCUUACAACCUUUCUGCCAAGCUUCAGUUUUUGGAGGUCAAGAUUGAUUUUGUACCAAGAGAAGAGCCUCCCAAAAUCCACCUUGACUGUCUGGGCCAGUCCCCUGACACUAUUGUUGUGGUGGCUGGGAACAAACUGAGAUUGGAUGUUCCCAUAUCAGGAGAUCCAACACCCACUGUCAUCUGGCAGAAAGUGAACAAGAAAAGCGACCUGCUUCGAAGCAAUGACGACUCCGUGACUCCCUCAGAAAACAGCAGUGAUUUAAACACUGAUAGUAAGCUUCUGUUUGAGUCUGAAGGCAGAGUUCGUGUGGAGAAGCAUGAAGACCACUGUGUCUUCAUCAUUGAAGGAGCUGAAAAGGAGGAUGAGGGAGUAUACAGAGUUAUAGUUAAGAAUCCAGUGGGAGAAGACAAGGCUGAUAUCACAGUCAAAGUUAUUGAUGUUCCUGACCCUCCAGAAGCUCCCAAGAUCAGCAACAUUGGAGAAGACUACUGCACUGUGCAAUGGCAACCACCUAAAUAUGAUGGUGGGCAACCAGUACUUGGCUAUAUUUUAGAGAGAAAGAAGAAGAAGAGCUACCGAUGGAUGAGACUGAACUUUGACCUUUUAAAAGAGCUAACCUAUGAAGCCAAGCGAAUGAUUGAAGGAGUAGUUUACGAGAUGCGGAUUUAUGCUGUGAAUUCUAUUGGCAUGUCCCGGCCAAGCCCUGCCUCUCAACCUUUCAUGCCAAUUGCUCCUCCAAGUGAACCAACCCACUUUACAGUGGAAGAUGUCUCUGACAGCACUGUUGCCUUGAAGUGGAGACCCCCUGAACGGAUCGGAGCAGGGGGAUUAGAUGGCUACAUUGUGGAAUACUGCAAAGAGGGAUCUACAGAAUGGAUUCCAGCUCUUCCCGGCCUAACUGAGCGUACAUCUGCACUGAUUAAAGACCUGGUGACAGGGGACAAACUUAAUUUCCGUAUAAAGGCUAUAAACUUGGCUGGUGAGAGCGGAGCAGCAAUAAUCAAGGAGCCCAUUACUGUUCAAGAGAUCCUGCAGCGUCCUAAAAUCUGGCUGCCACGCCAUCUCAGACAGACUCUGGUGAAGAAAGUGGGUGAGACAAUCAAUAUUGUGAUCCCUUUUCAGGGGAAACCUAGACCCAAAAUAAUUUGGACAAAAGAUGGUCAAAGUCUAGACGCCAAAGAUGUGGGCAUUCGGAACAGCAACACAGACACAAUCCUUUUCAUCAGAAAGGCAGAGCUUCAUCACUCAGGAGCAUAUGAAGUCACUCUUCAAAUAGAAAACAUGACCGAUAAAGUUGCAAUAACAAUACAAAUCAUAGACAAGCCUGGCCCUCCUCAGAAUAUAAAGCUUACAGAUGUUUGGGGAUUUAAUGCUGCCCUGGAGUGGACACCCCCACAAGAUGAUGGCAAUGCACAGAUCUUGGGCUACACAGUCCAGAAAGCUGACAAAAAGACAAUGGAAUGGUAUACUGUUUUUGAUCACUACCGUCGCACAAACUGUGUAGUGUCAGAACUGAUUAUGGGAAAUGAGUAUUUUUUUCGAGUCUUCAGUGAAAAUUUGUGUGGAUUGAGUGAAACUGCUGCAACCACUAAAAAUCCUGCCUAUAUCCAAAAAACAGGCACCACUUACAAGCCGCCUUGUUACAAAGAACAUGACUUCUCUGAACCUCCUAAAUUCACUCACCCUUUAGUAAACCGGUCUGUGAUUGCAGGAUACAACACCACGCUCAGCUGUGCUGUGAGAGGAAUCCCCAAGCCAAAGAUAUACUGGUACAAAAACAAAGUGGAUCUCUCUGGGGACGCCAAAUACCGCAUGUUCGGUAAACAGGGUGUGUUGACCCUGGAGAUCCGGAAACCUACUCCAUUUGAUGGUGGCUUUUACACCUGUAAAGCUGUUAAUGAGUGUGGUGAAGCUGAAAUAGAGUGCAGACUGGAUGUCAGAGGUAAUCAGAUGAACAUUAUGCACAACACUAAUACUGCAGUGAAGUAACAACAAUAAUGGGCAUCUAAAAAAAUUUACAUUCCCCUUUAUCUAACACUAUCUUUCUUUAUCUACAUCUGCUAACUACGCAGAAAAGCAAGAUUGUAUUUUUCAUGCUAAGUUGUUACAACAGAAUUAGAUUACUAGCUAGGUAAUACAGAACUUAAGGUAGAUAACGUUUCUGACUUGGUAUUGUUAAAGAAGGUAUUUACCACUGGAAUGGAGGUCUACCUAAAACACCGCAUUGUGGGUAACAUAACACAGGUAAUCCUUUGAGCUAUAUAUACUUUGUGCUUGGAAGUGUUUAAUUCCUUGCAAUGACUCCAAAGUCACUAGCUGUUAGACAUAUGUAAAAGGUACUACGUGCUACAUCACAAACAAUUUUCAGGUGGGCAUUGAUAAUUUGUUAUCCAAAAGGACAGGAAAAAAUGUCACAUGUUUACACCACCGUAAAGGAUAUUGACUAAACAUUUUCAAGCAAAUCCACUACUAACGUAUCUAUUUGUCAAUAUAAACUUAUAUGGCACCACUUUAAAAGUUCAUCAAAAACAGGAAAAGUUGUGAAAGUGACCUGUAGAACAGACAUUGGCAGAGAUCUGUCUUCAGUAUAGCAAGCCUGAAGGUAUUUCUACACAGGGUUUGAUAUUUCACUCAGCGUUACAUCAGGGAUUAGCGCACAGCACACCCUGAUAUCCUUGCUCAUUUGGGUCCUGGAAGGAAGCAAUGCAGCUCUGAUGAACUUGGUCUAAGAACUCUGAAAAGCCUACCUAAUGUAUAUGUAGCACCUUCUUAAGGCUUGUACACUACUUUCAGUACAACAGCUACCACAAGUAGUUCUGUUCAGUGCAAUACUGUACAUUGUGGACAUGGCUCAAAACUUACUUUUAUCACCUUCUGAAGCUUGCUUCAACAUAAAUCUCCUUAGGAUCAGCACAGAUCAAAACAACUAUGAAAAAGAUUCCAUAUUUCCCCUCCAGCACCAGGUCUCAAUUUAAAAUUUGCUUCCCUUUAAAUCUGAUAACAUAUUUUAACAUAUUUUUUCAUCUUCCAGUACCUCAGUAAGACUCUGAAUCUAAAUUCAUCUGCAAGUCAAGGUAUGACUCAAAAUCAUUCAUCUGGAUAAAGGAACAAUGGGUGUCUGGUUAAAUAUAAUUUUAAACAAUCUUUAGUUAUUCAUGUUACAGACUUCAUGGAAUUUUGAUAAUCUGAGGGAGGGGUGCGUGUUCUGAUUUCUGUCUGCUUUUAAUAAUUAUCCUGUGAUCACAUUCUUGCAAGACAGUUUGAUUUAAUGUCAAUAUUUCACAGGUCUCAAUCUUCGAUACACUGUGUAUUGUGUAUAAAUCUGUAAGAAUAACAGAGUACUUCGUUUUUUUUCUUAACUCAUUAUAAGCACUCCAUCUAGAAGGUAUGCUAUUUAUUAAUAUAGAGCUAAGUAGUAUCAACAAUUUCUGUGCAUUACUUUAAUCAAACAUAGUUAAAAUUACACUGCAUCUAUUGUAAGACUUUUUAAAAAUGGAAGUGCUAUAAUAGUUAGUCUAUUAAUGUAUUCAACACUAAAUACUUUCUCCCAUUCUGUCUCAGCAUCAGAAUGGAAUUUGAAGAGAAGAAAAAUGAAGAAAUUAAUGAAGGAUAACUUCAGUUACACGAAUCCUGCUUAUCUUAAGUCAUUUGAUACAUGUGUAUUGGGAGGUAGGGGUGUAUUGCAGUGUCCUGCUUACUCAGCAUAUUUUCCCAUGAUAUUUCCCUCUUUUCAUACAUCUGUUUUAGUUUCAUUGUCCCUGUUUGCAUGUGAAGAUAGUCAGGGAAAGAAUGAAAAAAUAUCCCCAUUACAUACAUAAGAUGUCUGAAAAAACAAAUACUAAAAUUACGAGUGAAACCAAUCCAUUCCUAAUGUCUGAAACCAGCAUAAAUUCCCCACUUUUGCAGUUUUCUCUCCAUUUUUUUUCCUCAGAAUUCUGAGAUGCUUCAUAAGAAACAAGUAGCUCAGAAUACUGAAAUACUCAUGAAUUAUCUCUGAUACUGAAUCACCUUUUGUUAUGUCAAUCUCUGCACAACAGAAAGUAACUUUCAUUCCUUCUGCUUUUACCACUAAUGCUUGAAGUACCCACUUCCAUGCUCUUGAGAAGAUUUUUAUAGAACCACGUCUGAAACACACCAUUUGAAAAUCUAUGGGUUAGGCUACUGUUGUGCUUUAUAUAAAGAAUAGAUUAUUCGAUAAUUACCCACUACUGUUUUUCUAGUUUUUGAAAAGACACCUGCAUAGACUUACAGGUAUUUGAUGUUUCUGCAAACAAUCACAGACAUCACAACAAUGUACAGAGAUAAUUCCGUACAUCAAAUGAAACAAUGAAAGAUGUAGAGGAAGAUUAUUUGCACAAAUAUAUACAUAAAAAAGCAUGUAAUGAAUGCAAUGAACUUACUGUCAUCAAUUAUUACUGAAGGAUUUUGAAAGUCUAUGUAUGGUAUGUAUAUCUUCUUGCAGAUAAUUAUGUAUAAUCAAAAAUAAUAGUAUUUCUGGCUUCUCACCUACCAUUUUGAUUAGAAUUUGUGGGUUGAGGUUUUUUUGGUUCUUCAACAGUCUCUGGCUGGAAAGUAUUCUUUCAUGAAAUCACAGUACAAGAGAAAGUGGGAAGAUUAAAUUAAUCCAGGAAGCAUUAUGCUUUCGAAAAAAACAACACAAAGAACAGAAGUAACACUACUCCCCUACCUCCAACAUGCCAGUAGAGAAGGUAAAGUGUGUCCGACACAGCAUGUUAGUUGCACUACACAAGCAAUUAUGUCUUCAUAAUAAAAACACUUCUUUAAUUAGAUGUGUAUUUUGGUUAUUUUAUUACAGUAUCAGAACAAAGAAAGAUAGUCUACUGAAACCAAAGUUAACUUGCACAAGGUCAACAUUUUUCUGCUAUACAUUGCUAUUAUUUGACAAAUAAA